AUGAAUGAUUUUGAACGACAAGCUACGCUUAAAAUAACUACUCAGCUUAUGGAAUAUAAAAUUGCGUGCGUUUUUUGCGAACCUAUCGAUUUAAAUAGUCCUGAUUUUGCUGAUUACGCUCGUUAUAUCAAACAACCUAUGGAUUUACUUACUGUUAAAAAUAAAAUACUAUCAAACUCAUAUUCGAGUGCUGAUCAAUGGAAGGCCGAUGUAGAUUUAGUUUUUUCAAACGCAAUUUUAUAUUAUAGGAAAACAGACACUUUACAUAUACUUGCAGAACAAAUGAAAUUUUGGUUCAAUAAUCUAUUAGAAAAAUAUCCUGUUAAUCCAUCAAAAUGGCAAGAAGCCUUAGAACGCGCCUCAUAUAGUUAUAUGAAAUUAUUAAUUAACACAAAAUCUUGUCGGCCUACUUUUCCUAAUAAAAUAUUACAAAUCACGAAUCCAACCGAUGAAUAUGUUCCCCCAGCAAUUGAAGAUACACCUCCACAGAAACAAUACCGUAAACAAGAGCCACCUUCAGUUGAAGUUCCUGCUGAAAAGCCAAGAAAACUACCAAAGGAGCAGCCUGUCGUAAAUGGACCAAUGAACGAAUCAGAAAAAUUGAAACUUGCUAAAGCUAUUAGAGAAAUCACUGAUGAAGCUAAACUAGUUACAAUACUAACUCUACUACAGGCAAAGGAACCUGCAUUUGGCAUCACAGAAAACUCUUCAAUAUCUCUUAAUCAAUUACAAGUUGGAACACUAAGAGAGCUUCGUAAUUUAGUUAGAUCAUUUUAA